AUGGAAGAGAGAAGAGUAAAGGGCAUGAACAAUCUGAGCAUCAAGAUAACGGCUACCCCUACUACCCCUACUACACUAGAGCUUUUGGGAAAUAAGUCACAGAAAUGGCAGGAAGAAACCUUUCACACAGCUUGUGAAGAGCUCUGCACACAAUUCUGGAGGAGACUCAAGGAGCAGGCACACCAGCCUACCUUACCUGUCACUAGACCAGUAACAAGAGAAUCAAUGGGCAGCUGUUGCCUUCCUGGGCAUGGAGCUAAAGGGCAUUCACACCCUAAAAGCAGUUCACGACCUUCAGGAGCUCUGCACAAGAGCCUCUCGGGACAAUACCCUGCGCACCCGUUGUGGUGUGGAGAUUGGACAGUGCGUGAAGACUCUGGUGUUAGCUUGGGGCUGGGGGUGCGGGGUCUGGGAAAGCAAUAA